CAUCAUAUCGCUUAUAUCCUGGGGAAGUGGUAUCUUUUAUGCAGAAGAAGGAGCCGCAUUCUAACCUUCACUUUAAGUCGGAAUUCAUAAUCCUCAGCAAGAGUAAAGGGGGAAAUGACGGAAUAGGAUCAAGUGAGGGUGCGAGUUCAAGUGCCAUGGUUGACGUUUAUUCCGGAAGCCCUAGAGCAGAUUUCGUAAUCACUUUAAGGGAGAAGAAUGCUUUGGUCUUCGAGGUCAAGAAUGAAGGUCUGGGAAGUGACGGAGAUGACCCCUGGUUUCUCCACCGAGUUUGGACAGACUGCUCUUGCACAUCAGGAGAGGGCAGGUGCGGGUUCGCCGUUUUUGGCAUCACACCAUCUCAUGGUGAAAGUAUCAUCCGUUGUAUUAGUCAGUUGUAUGAGUACAUGGUUUUGUGUAAGGUGGGUUAUGGUGUUCUAACCGAUGCAAGAAAUUGGUAUCUCUUCAAACGGGAUAAUGCCGGCUGCCUCAAAAUAUCAGCUGGUAUUAAGGCGAGUGCUGAGCCCCCGCGAGUGCUCGCUGAGUUGUCAUAUUUGGUGCACGCUGCUGCAGAGGAUAACUCUGAGUUUGGUGAUCCAACGGGGAAUGGCCAAUUUCCCUUAGUUCAUGAAGGUGCCCCCUCUGAACAUUCCGAUGAAAGCAGUGAUGACGACAUCAAUGAUCGAACCUAUACAGCACGUGUGAGCCAAAAUAUCUCUUCCUCUGAAAAACGAAGGUCUGAAAGACGUCACUCAGGUGGGGCGCAGCUGGCUUUGGAAGAUGUCUCCGCGGAGGACCUGAACCUGAAAAAGGCGGGCGGUGUCAUAAGUAGUGAGGGGUGGAGUGGAUGCGUUGUUAAUGGCCGUUUGCAUGGCCAACCUGUUGCAUUGAAGUUUGCCCACUUAGGCACGGAACGUGCGGAGGCUCUCCUGAAGGAGGUGGCUGCCUAUAGGAAGAUGGAGAAGCUUUGGGGGAUUUUUGUUCCUCGAUUAAUAGGAUAUGGAACCACAAAUAACGGUCGGGUUGUAUUUAUCGCGACUGAAUUGAUUGACGGUGUUGAGCUUGGAGAAGUGGCAGUGACCCGGGAGGUGGAGACUGCAGCGAUUCAAGCGCUUGCUGCAGUUCAUGCAUGUGGGUUGCUUCAUGGAGAUGUUUCCUUAAGUAACAUUAUGGUUGUGUGGGGAAAGAACCCUACUGUCCGCAUCUUGGAUUUUGGCUUCUCGUGUAUUACCAGCAACAAGAAGUUACAGAAGGCAGAGCGCGUGCGCUUAAAGCGUUUUUUUUCACACAUAGUGGAGUAGUUGGGGAAGAAGCAAAUGAAGCAAGAUAUCCUUGUAUUCUGCCUUGUGAAAUGCAAGGCAAGCCCUUGUCCAAGGAACUUUCACUUAUCUUGUAAUAGCUAGAAGUACCGUGUUAAUAGCAUCAGAGCAGGGUCAACUCUCCAUUUGGAGAGUGCUAUCGUGCGCUUGAUGCUUUACGGUGUGUCUAGAAACAGAGGGAUCGUGAAUUAUGCAUUUGCAUCCAUGCUCGACUAGGUCCAAUUUGAACCAGGUUUUAGAUUCUGACUGGUUAUGUGUAUCUGUAAAAGUUAAAGAAGGGUUAUAUGUAUCUGUAAAAGUUAAAGAAGGGUUAUAUGUAUCUGUAGAAAUUGAUGCCAGCAGGCAGGUAGGCUUGCACUAUUUUUUGGGCUCAAAGACAUACAUCGAUAAAACAUCAUGUGCAGAGGGGACGUUGUAUGUACUUUUAAAUAACAGAUUGGAUUGUGACUA